AUGAAGAAGGAAAUAGCAACCAUAUGUUGUUUGGUUGGGCUGGCAGUCAUCCAGCUCCUUACUGCAUCUGUUUCGAGAUUGUCCACUGAGACUGAUAACAUCAUCGCCUUGUCCCUAUUGCCGUCUUUGUGCAAUGGGGGACCCAACAGUAGUGACAUAACAACAGGGUUCUUAGCAGAAGAAGAUGGUGAAGAGAUGAUGGACUCAGAGGUUCAUCGGAGGUUAAUCUUGGAGGCCGAUGGGAAGACGAUCGGGUAUGGUGCCCUGAAUCGAGACCGGCCCAUCUGCAACUCAGGACCGAGGUCAUACGCCAACUGCUUGCCUCCCCCGGCUAAUCCUCGCACUCGAGGUUGCAACCCCAUUUAUCAGUGCAGGAAUUAA